GGUAACAUGCCCAGACCGCUCCUAGAUUGAAGCUCGGAGCAGAGUGUUGCCUGUGCGUAGCCGGAUCGUUUAAUUGACAGGGCUACAGCGGGAUUUCUCGACGAUUUUCAAGGCAGGACCAUGGCGCUCUUCAUAUCCUUUUUGCUUAUCGUCGCAACCAUCCAAGCGUCAGCUGGAAACGUGAAGUAUGGUAGCAAGCCUGGAAUUCCCAGCACAAAGCAAGAGCUAUCCACAUUCCGGGAAGACAUGCUGUUGGCACACAACAGAUACCGAGCAAAACAUGACGUUGGAGCACUGAAGUUGAGCAGUUACCUCUGCAAUCUUGCGCAAUCAUGGGCCGAGCACCUGGCCAGCACAGAUACGUUCAAGCACAGCAACAACAAGGAGUUUGGAGAGAAUAUGGUCUGGCGUUUCAGCGCAACAGAGAUUACAGGCCAGCAGGCGACUGACCAAUGGUAUUCCGAAAUCAAAAAUUACAACUUUGGCGAUACCGGGUUUCAGUUGGGUACAGGUCAUUUCUCUCAAGUUGUCUGGAAAGACUCCAAGGAAAUUGGUAUCGGCAAAGCGGUGGCCAAAAGCGGCAAGGUUUACGUUGUGGCCAAUUACCAACCGGCCGGGAACAAGAUGCAAGCGUUCCAGGAGAAUAUCUUCCCUCCACAAAGCGGGUAGUGGACAAGGUGACACUUCUAAAAGGUCGGGGGAUAGGGUCACUUCACCUAGCUAGUCUGGAAAGACACCGAGGAGUUCGGCAUAGGCAAAGCGAUCACCAAGGAGGGAAAGGUCAUCGUAGUGGCAUUCUACAAUCCCCCUGACAACGACACCCAAGUAUCCGAAGCGGGAAAAUUAAACUGGCAGUUUAGAAAACAAGGGGGUGGUGGAGAUGUUGGAAAGGGCGCCUCCUGGUAAUUAGGGAUUUAUUUUUUGUCGUCGAAAUUUGUUAAUGUACAUUCCGGUCAGAUAUUGCCAGUUUUAUUAUUACGCAUUUAGUUCGCCUUUCUUGAUACAUUCUCUUUGCUCGUUCGUAUUGCCUGUAAUUUGAGCUUAUUUCACAAAUUAAGUCGUCACCGUUUUCACGAACAGCCACAUACUAUAUAUAUUAUGUUGAUUUUGAAGAAAAC